CUUUUCGCGGCAUUCUGAGACGCGACUCAGCAACAGUAGUGACACGCCUGAACUAGCACUGACAACUACGGGGACUCCCUGGUCGUUGGCUGAGGAUCGUCGCUUGCUGGAAUACUGUCGCGGUGCCGGCAGCUACUCCCGGGUGAAUCUGGUCCUACUGGCUUCUGUUUGGCCAGAGCGAACUCUGCCUGAGAUUGUGAACCGGUUCAAAUACCUAAUGCGGAUAGCCCUGGGCGAGGAGGACUCCCAGACGCAUAUGCUGGAUUCCUCGACGGAGACGGAGGAGAGUUCG